AAGAGAUGUACUUACUGGAACUGUCCAACCACAAGGAGAGUAGGGAGGGUAUUGGGAACUCCAUUGCUUCCAACGAGAGCGGAGGUGGUGAUCACUGCAGCACGUCUGGAGAGAACACUCGCUGUCAAACUCCACAGUCACAAAGUUCUGGAAACUUCGAUACUUUUAGCAUACCUGAGUUAGACGCGUACGCAACGGAACACCAAGUAAUCGAAUUAAAAAUAACUAGCUGUCUGAGGCAAUCUAAGGAGAAAUACGAAGCAUUACACGCCGUGACGACCACAUUGUAUCAGAAAUACGAGAAGCUGAAACUGGAACGUGACAAAUUUCGUGACGAGAACACUAGUUUAAAAGAAGAAAUAAGACGGUUGAAAACGAGAUGAAAUGAUGCACAAAUUUUGUAUUAGAUCGUGUUUUUACUUUAUAAUACGGUUCUGAUGAAUCUCAAUCCUAUAGGAGCCAUUGUUCGUCGUAGGCAUUAACGAAAACCUCUUGAUUUCUGAUAUAUUCUGUAUUCAACUCAAAAACAUACCAAAUUUUAGACUGAUAGCUUCAAAUAUUAUGCUACAUUUAAUGUGUACAAAAUAUCUCAAAAUUUUUCAAGAAGUUCUCGUUGAUUGUGUCGUAGUUUUCUAUUUUUAUACCUCGUUUAAUGUGUCUGUUAAGUUAGAAGAGUGUUGCUCUGUCUAGCUACUGCUUAUUCUUGUGGUUUUUUCCAAAGAAAUUUGUUUCUAAAGAUAUUCGGAUUUGUGGAUACAAUGUCAACCUGCUCUCCUUUUUCAAAUUUACUUGUAACUUAGUGGUCA